AUGCCACAAACAAGAGUCGAACCUCUCGCUGACCAGAGGCAAAGAAGAAACCACCUUCUCUACUCACACCAUCACCAACCCCUGAUUACUGAAGUGCUGGAGCAAGAGCUUCCCAAAUACACAAACAGCACCGUAAUCGACACGACGAACAUGAUCCAACACAUGCGUGAAUGUGCACUGAUUCUCGCCUCAGCAUCUCCAGUCUUUAGAGCCGCCAUAGCCGGGAAUCUAUCCUCUCAACUUCUAACCGACUCAGAGCUCCAAAGCGAAUACACAGCCCUCUCAGACCGAGCCCACUACCAACCUUCCAUCUACGCUCACUUUCUAACGGACACCCAGGGCACACCACCAACACCGAACCAGUACCUCACCAUCAGCAACAUGGUGCGGGACUACCUGGCCGAGAACAUCGUCUCACAGCAUCCAUGGCACAUAGACAACAUGACGCAUCCCCCCGUGCCACAGGACUCCUCCAACAACGGCCACCGCAAGUACCUUCACAGUACAACUACCAAAUCUCGCUCAGCAAAGCGCUCAGAAGCCCUCCACCGUUUCUGUACCGCCGCCCACCAACGCUGGCUCGACACCCCUGCUUCCCUGCGCAACACACCUUUUCCCUAUCCCCCCGCUGAAGUCGGAUACUCGCGGCACUCGCACUGUCGACUCCGCCAGCACAGGCUGCGGCAGUCGUCCAACUACAUUAUGAAUCUGGUCGAGGACAUAUGCAGCUAUCUGCAUCGCAUUGGGGUGUUCGAGCAGCAGUUCAGCAUGCACGGAUAUGUCAUCUUUUUGCUGUUUCGGAGUGGCCAGGCUGCUAUUGCGGAAAUUUUUUGCUCGGGGCUGCUGCAGGUAUGGGUGGAGGGUGGAGGCGGAUUCAAUGCGUGUCCUGCGGGGAGGAGCGUGGCGACUGCGAAGAAGGUGGGUGAGGGGGAGUGGGCAGGGUAUGAGAGGUGGGUGAGAGAGGAGUCGGGUGUGGUGGAGAAUAUGAGGAUGCAGCUGCGGAGGGCUGAGGAGUGGCGGAGGGCGCUAGAGUGGGAGGACGGGGAGAAUCAUGGUGGGUGUGCUUAG